AGGGAAAAUUUGGAAGGGCUGAAAGUGGUGAAAAGAAGUUGGGAGAGAGGUGGGUGGAGAGAAGGUGGAGGGUGUGAAAGUAGUGAAGAGAAGGCUGGGUGAGAGACCAUGGUAGGGAGAAAGCGGGGUGAGAGAAGGUGGGGUGGGCUGAAGGUAGGGUGGGGGUCAGAGAAAGUGGAUUGUUGUUCACACCAGCCAGGUUUGCACUGACCACUGCCGGUGACAAAGUAGAGUUGAAUUGUGUCCAAAGCUGGGAAAUUGAUUGAACCUGUUGCUUAAAGGCCAUUCGAUGCAACAACUGUGAACGAUCUCUGUCAUUACUAGAUUCAGCCGUACUUCACAAGCUACAAUGAUAGUGAUCAUUAUAGCCAAGAGUCCUGUUAGCAUCUAAUCUGCUGAAUCAUGUGGUUACAGUUUUAACACUUAAUAGCGAAAUGGAAAGAAUUACAAGCAGAUCUCUUUGCUAACACCAGUCUCAUACUCUUUCUGUUUUUGCACGAGUGCAAUAUGGUGAAUUUAAUGUCUGCUAGACACAUACCAAUGUAGGUGUUCAGUAGCUUGGAUUGAAGAUUGUAUUUUGCAGUUACCCAACUCCGAGAUACUCUGAGUCACACUGCCACACUUCUGCAAUAAUCAGCAGCUCCUCAGCGUUCAUUUCCUCUCCUUCAGUGUACAGCCGUGCCUUGGCAAGUCAUAGUCACUUCAACUACAAACCUUUAUCAGCUGUUAAAGAAAUGACCUCUGCUUCCAAAAGCUCCUGUAGGCCUCUGCACAGCCCAAAAAGAUACAACACGGAACAGGCUCUUCCAGCCCAACGAGCCGCACCACCCAGCAACCCAUCUUUUUAACCCUAGCCUAAUCACAGGACAAUUUACAAUGACCAAUUAACCUACUAACCUGUACAGCCUUGGACUGUGGGAGGAAACCAGAGCACCCGGAGGAAACCCACACACAAACAGGAAGAACGUACAAACUGAGGACACCAGAAUUCAACUCUUAAGCCCCGAGCUGUAAUUAACUAACUACUACACUACUGUGGUGCCCCACUAAUGUUCUAUGUUGCAUCUAUUUCAAUGCAAGGAGUAUUGUAGGUAAGGCAGAUGCGCAUAGAGCUUGGAUCAGCACUUGGAAUUACGUUGUAGUAGUCAUUAGUGAGACUUGGUUGCAGGAGAGCCAAAUCAGGUUAGAAGAUCAGCAAAACAUUGUGGGCUGGAGGUCUGAAUUCUGCUGUUCUGUUCUAUGUUAAUCAUAUUACUGCACAUUUACUGAAUACAAUGAUAAAAUACCACCUAUUGCGAAAUGCUGCUGACAUCUAAAGAAAUCCCAUCGAUAUAUCCAUUUCAUUAUUCCUUCUGUAUGCAUACAGGUGAAUUUCCUUACAAACAACAUACGUGAUACAACCCGAGUUAACAUCAAGGGUUCUGCAAUGGAAGGGAAGGGUAAUAAGAAAGAAACUCACUUUGAAGGAAAAUACAACUAUGCAGAAAACUACUUACAAAAGGGCAAGAAUUGCAAAGCGUCUGUGAUCACAGUUAAUGUUGGUGGGUACCUCUACACAACGCAGAGACAUACAUUAACUAAGCAUGUUGAUUCCUUGCUGGAAGCUUUGAUAAAUGGCAAAACUCAGAGCAGUGCUGACGGCAAUGGGAACUACUUCAUUGACCGUGAUGGCUCACUGUUCAGGCACAUCCUUAAUUUCCUACGAAACGGCGAGCUUCUCUUACCAGAAGGAUUUCAAGAGAUUCAACUUUUAGCACAGGAGGCAGAAUUCUAUCAGAUAAAGCCUCUAAUAGAGGCUCUGAAAACCAAGUUAGCUCAUGUGCAACAGGCACCAGAGGUCACAUUCCUGGAAAUAAUCGACAGCCACGAUCGCUCUCAUGGCCUCAAAAUCUACUGCAAUUCUGCAGAUUUCAUUGCAAGGAUCAAGUCACGCAUAAUUCAAGUAUCAAAAAGCCGUCUAGAUGGAUUUCCUGAAGAAUUUGUGGUCUCAUCACAUGUCAUCCAGUUUAAGUUCUUCAUCAAAUCUGAAAGUGGGGCACGUCUGGUUCUCAAGGAAGACAACACAUUUGUUUGCACGCUGGAGACCCUCAAGUUUGAGGCCAUCAUGAUGGCUUUAAAGAAUGACUUCAAGUUGCUGACCAGUUUGGAUAGCUCUAAGGGGUCAAUUGUUCAAAGCGACGCACUUCAUUUUCUAAAGUAAAUCCAGUUUCAGACGAAAUACAUAUCAUAAACAGAGGUAAUAUUACACUUCUGUAAAUGCUAUGUCACAGUAUUUAGACUAUAGAACUGACCGCUCAGUCAAUAUGUUACCUUCAUGAUACAGGAUGUUAAGCUCCAUUAAACCGUAAAGUACAAUCUCAGUCCACUGAUUACAUUACUAUCCAAUUUUUACAUCAUCACUUUCACGUGUCAUCUACUUAGAUGAUUAGGAAGCCACCAUUAAUUAUCUAGAGUGAAAUACUGCUAUUAUUUUCUGAGUGAGAAAGAAACCAUUAAUGUUUCCCAUAGUUUCACAAUCUUUAAAAAUCUUCAUAACCUCUGAAAAUGAAAUUCUUAGGGAAAAAAUUCUAUUUUAUUACACUUUCAUUUUGAAAAGGCAAUGCAAGCUCUUACCUUAAUUACUGAGUUUUAAAAUUAUUUCAGCUUUCUUACAAAAGUUUUAAAUUUAGUGUUUAGAAAAUUACCUCUAGAGAUGACAUGAUUUCACUGGAAUACUCCAGGGAAAAGCAGACACAAUUACAGAACUGUAAAUUUUACAUCAAAAUAAUUCAGGAUAAAAUUAAUUUAGUGCAUAAGGCUGCUCUCAUUUAAUCACCAGGAUUCAGUAAUCAUUUUUACAUUCAAGCUUCUCAUUGCAUUAUAAAGUUAUUCAGUCAUAAAUGGUUCAUUUGUUCUCUAUGCAGAAGCUUAGGAAGAAUAAUGGCAUCAUUUCAGCACAGUCACGGUUUUCUUCAAAUUAGCUGCCUCAGAUUGAAGAUACUCAUCUCCUUGAAUCAAAAUCACUGCCAAAUCAGCUACUCUUACCCUGCAACAAAUCUUUUUCCGAAUUAAAUAUCUAUGGUGUUUUAGAACCUGAAGUCACAGAGAGAGCAAUGAAGAAUUAUCCCCAGUGAGCUUCCAAUAUCUGCAAUGCCUCCGUGGGGAAGCAGCUACACAGCCUAUCAUUCAUCAGAGACGAUAAAUAUAUAACAAGCCACUCUUUGAUAUUUUUAACAGCUUCACUAACGACCACCACUGUUUCCAGCAUUGUAUUGUAAUUAAGACUAUAACAGAACAAAAUGAAAAGCAUAGAUGGAAAUUACAUUAGAAAUAAAAUUGACAUUUUUACAUCCAAAGUACCUCUUGUAACUUCCUAGUAUGAUAAUAUAAUGAAUUAUAAUCUACAAUUGUGAAUAUAUAACAGUAAUUGCAAAUAUCAAACAAUAUUGUUAAAUACAAAUAAAAUAAGUAUUUAAGGAAUGACAUUAUGCAUGGAAUGUGUUUCACAUAUAUCAGGUUAUGAAUAAAAACUAACCAUUGAGAAAACUAUUUUGUUUGAACACUGUAUGUUGAAGUUGUAGAAGACUUUGCUGAGGCCUAAUUUGGAGUGUUGUGUGCAGUUUG